AGUCGAAACGGUAAGCAAGUAACGUGGACAGAUCUAACAGUAACAGUGCCGCUAAACGCGAAUCGAAAUUCACAUUUUUGGCAUAAAGCGAGUGAUGAUGAACGUAAAACAGUUCUGAACGAAGUGUCUGGUUACGCAUGUCCUGGCGAGCUGCUUGCAAUAAUGGGUGGGAGUCAAUAUAUGCUAGCUCUUCUCAGCCUUGAAACGUGGCAUUUCAGCGGUACCGGUAAGACUGUAUUGAUGAAUACGUUGACGGGAUUCGAACAGAAGAAUGUCAAAGUGACCGGAGUGGUCACUGUGAACGGUGAGGAAUUGCAGUCGACCGAUAUGAGACGUGUUUCGGCUUAUGUGCAACAAGGCGAUUUGUUCAUCGGUACUUUGACAGUCAGAGAGCAACUGCAGUUCUCGGCAGAAAUGCGAAUGGAUCGAAGUAUACCAAAAGAACUGAGGGAAAAAAGAGUUAAACAAGUCAUUAAAGAUCUUGGAUUGGGUAGGUGUGAGAACACACUUAUCGGUGUUCCGAACAGAGUCAAGGGUAUUUCAUGUGGUGAAAGUAAACGGUUGGCGUUCGCUUGUGAGAUUCUCACCGACCCACCGAUUCUGUUCUGUGAUGAGCCAACGUCUGGACUAGAUGCUUUCAUGGCUGCACAAGUGGUCAGCUGCCUCAAAGAUAUGGCCAGACAAAGGAAGACAAUCAUCGUAACUAUACAUCAACCGUCAACCCAAGUCUUUCAUAUGUUCGACAACCUUUGUUUGAUGGCGAUGGGACAAGUGGCUUAUUUUGGUCCGGUUGCGAGAGUGUGCGAUUUUUGGAAUGAGUCAGUUGCCUAUCGUCACUCACUCUUCAUAUCAGUUAUCGAAUACGACUAUUUCAGUGCUUGCUACGUUCUAAGUUGUCUUAUAAGGCUUCCAUUUGACUGCAGGAUCGGUCUUGAAUGUCCACCAACGUUCAAUCCAGCUGAUCAUGUGAUACGAACACUGUCAGUUGCUGAAACGGACCAAGUGACGUCUACUGAUCGAAUACGUAUGAUACGAACGAAGUAUGAGGAAUCAGAGUAUGGAAUGAAAGUGUAUAGAAAAACACAUGGAAAGGGAUCGAAGCACUUAAUUGGAAAUGCAGAUUUAAGAGGAGUGAAGAAAUAUCCGGUAGGCUUCUGCAAACAAACUGCAGCGUUAUUUCGACGUUCAUUUCUGACCACAUUGCGCGAUCCACUUUUGUUAAAAGUAAAAUUCAUUCAAGUUAUUGCUACCUCUCUUGUUAUUGGAAUCGUGAACUUGCGCACAAAACUCAGCGGACCAACAGUAAUGAAUAUUGAGGGUGUUCUCUAUAAUACCGUUCGAGAUAUGAACUUCAUGUUCUUAUUCCCGUCAAUCAACACAAUGACUUCGGAAUUGCCCAUUUUUCUUCGAGAACAUCGCUCUGGUGUGUAUCGAGCUGAAACGUACUUCAUUGCGAAAUCAUUUGCUGAGGUGCCACAAUACACUAUUUUGCCGAUUGUAUACUCGAUAAUAGUAUAUUGGAUGAGUGGAUUGAAUGCAAAUAUUUUAUCCUUCAUCACCUAUACUUUACUCACAAUUUUGUUGACAUACGUUGCCAUCUCUAUCGCGUACGCUGGUGCUUGCGUGUUCGGUGAAGAUAGUUUAGCAUUAACCUAUAUGCCUUGUUUCAUUCUACCGAUGCUCGUUUUCGGUGGCUUUUACAUCAGUUUCCAUUCGAUUCCAUUCUACUUCAGUUGGUUUUCACUCUUAUCGUGGUUUCGUUACGGCUUCGAAGCACUUCAGAUCAAUCAGUGGCGGAGUAUUUCGAUAAUCCCAGUGCAAAAUAAUCGAUUCAUCAUUCAGCUCCAAUCUACUGGCUUUGAGGAUGUGAAAACGGAACGAUGGAGAGCUCAGUUGACGGUUAUUGUCCAGCGCGGGAUGGAGUUGGCUUAUUGGUUCGACGUGGAAUGGGAACAUCCAAAUCCAUGA